AGGUUUUCCAGGUGAUCCUUUUAUGUCAGCCCACAAGCCGCCUCCUGCAACAUAAACCAACCGACGUACCACAGCCUCGUCGUCUCGUCGCACUAAACCUGAUAACACCUGCGCCGCUUGCACUUCGAGGUCUCACAGGCGGGAUGGUUCAGAAGGGGCAGCAGUUCAAAGGCCUGCAGAAGCGGAAAUCCGCUGCACCCAACCGGCAUGGGAAGCAGAUCAAAAUCCGAAAAGGGAGGGUUGUUAAAGCGACUAAGAAGCAGAGCUCCGAAAUCGACGCCAGCAAGGAGGUGACUAAGUUCAUCAACGCGGCGAACGAGUCUCGCGCGGCUGCAGUGGCCGUGAGAGACGGAGCCACGCUUUCGCUCGUCAAGCCCCCGCCUCCGGAUCCUGCUGAAGCGGAGAGCAAGAAAGGACCGGGCAAGGGGAAGGUGCUUCUGGGGAAGGCGAAGCCUGUGGGCAAGAAGAAAUGAAGUGUCGGAGGGGGGGGGGGGGGGAAGGAGGAAGGGUGCUUGCGUGGUGGUUGGAUGGUCAUGUGGAGGGACAGGAAGGAAUGCAAGAGUUGAGUUGAUUAGGAGUCCUGGGGGGAGAAGGAAAGGCAGUUGGGCGAAACGAGUGGGAGGAAAGGUGGUGGGAGUUCAAGGGGGGGAAGCAUGUAAGCUGUGGUGCUGUUCUUUGGUCCAGUGAAGAAGGAGCGAUGGUGUGAAGGAGGGGGCUGGGGGCUUCUACCCUGGCUACAAGGCUGUUGCGAUUCUGCUUCACCUCCUGGUUUCGGCGAUUACUUGUAAUCUACAAAGAUGCAGCGGCACGCUUUAGCCCUCACCAGCACCUCUUCUUGCAUGGAUCAGGAGGGGAGGGGCAGCUGAGCUGACCUGGUUCCAGCUUGCCUGCAGCUGUAUGGUGGCCUGACUCUGGAGUCCGGAUUGGAUGAUUACAGUGGGCAUGACUGGCAUGACAAGAAUAGUCAACCGUGCCAGGGGUGUCUAGUUCUCCUGUGUAUACUACGGGGUGUGUAUAGCAGUAGGAGUAAUCACCCGCUCGUCUAAUAUCUGGGUCCAAAUGGAGGAGCCAAGUGAAGCCUAGAUGGUGGCUAGCUGUGCUUUCGGCACUACACAAUGCUCACACCCUAGCCUUUUACUAUGCCGGUCUACUCUAUUGGGGUUUGAAA